AUGGCGGGCCGCGACACUUUCCAGCUGCGAUUCGUGGCUGUCGCGGCAUCCGCCGCCGUAUUGAUCUUCCUCGUCUCAUGCCAAGUCGCGGAGGCGUCGCGAAUGAUGAACCUCUGCUCCCACACCUCGUAUCCAUCUCUGUGCCGACCUUUGGUGAAGCGUGUCACGAGCCCAAGGCGAGCCACGCACCGAACCAUCCAGGCUUUGGAGGCUAAGACGAAACUGGCUCUAGCAGAAGCGGCUAGGUUCAAGAGCGGUAACCAAGCGAUCGCAACUUGUUACGCGACGCUGAGCGACGCGGUCUACAAUCUGGCGAGCGCGAGGAAGAGCAUAAGGAAACGCAAUGUGAUGGGGAUCAACACGUUUCUAACUGCGGUUGUGUCUGAUUACGGCGCGUGUGUCGACGCGUUUAUUGAGACAAACCAGGUUAAUACGGUCCAGAAUGUAGCGGUUGACCUGAGGAAAAUUAGCAGCAAUUGCUUGACGUUGUCUACUUUGAUUAGAUGA